UGGAGCUCCUCCAUUCACCAGGACACCCUGAGAUUGCAGCUCUUUCUCUUUUGCUAACUGCAGCAAUUUGCAAUUUCAAUUAAUCGCCAGGCGGCUCGACAACACCAGCAGACCAGAAACAGGAAAAAUGGGCCAAGUCAAGAAAGCCACCUCCGCCCUGAGCAAGCUGUUCGUCUACGGCGCUCUCAAGUACGGCCAGCCCAGCAACUCGAUCCUGGCCAGCAGUGGGAACGGACACGCCAAGUUCUGGUGCAAGGCCACCACCACCGAGAAGCUGCCGCUGGUUAUCGCCACCCGCUACAACAUACCCUUCCUGCUGAACAAGCCAGGCGUGGGGUAUUACGUAACCGGGGAGAUCUACGAGGUGGACGACCGCAUGCUCAACUCCUUGGACAACCUGGAGGACUGCGAGGACAUCUACACGCGCGAGAAGCAGGACAUGAACAUCGGCGUUGGCGAGGGAACCGUUCCCUGCUGGGUGUAUCUGCUCCAGAAGUAUCCGGAGAAGCUGCUCAACUUGCCCUACCUGUCCAGCUAUGAGAACAGCACCACGCAUCCCUACAUCAUGCGCCACCGCCGCACCCACAAGCACCCCGCCCAGGACGAUCUCAGCUACGAGGCGACCAACUAAGCCAAUAACCCCAUAGAAGUUGCCGCUGGAUGUGCUCUUGGAAAAUUGUUCUUAUGUUACCGGUAGAUGCAUUUCUAGACCGUACUGAAUAUACACGCAUGUGUAUCGGCCAUUGUUAUAUGCCUGUAUAUAUACGCCGAUAUGUACCAUACUGCAUUAUUUAGGUUUUAGCCAAUAGUUUGUAAUUUCAUAGUUUUCGACAAAUAAACACUGAAGCAAUUCAACGUA